AUGGAUACUGGUUCAGUGGAGCCGGGUGCUGCUGCGGAACCUGGGGCAACGGAGCGGGAGGAGACUGACGUGGCUGUGGCGGCUGAGGCGACGAGGACGGCGCGGGAGACGCAGAGGCCUGAAGCUGGGACUGCUGCCGCCUUUGGCGGCGGCUUAAUCUCACAGCCCGCGGCGCAACCGACGGGGAUGCUACUAUGUAUGGAUGGGGGCCUGGUUGCGGAGGAGCCACAGACGAUACUGGGGUCGGCUGAACCUCCAACACUCAAGGUGGCAGAAUCCCCGCCACCGCUUGGGGUGACGGCAAUUGCUGCGGUCGUAGCUGAGGAGGCACGGCGGCUGGAAGGAUCCCCGAACGAAGAUUCUGCAUCGAGUGCCGCUGAGUCCGCCGGAACGCCUGCUGCUUCCGGGGCCGCAAGCAUGCAGGAGCACAGCCAGGUGGAGGGUGAUAGCGCGGGUCCCGCGAACGGCGCCUCUUCCGACGCAGCACGGGCGAAGAAGGAGAAUUUGCUACGCGCGCAGAUAGCAGCGAGGCGGCCCGGAGCAGGGCUGGGACCUGGUGCCCCGGGACCCCUCCAGGGCUGGCUUCUGCAAGAGCAGUCGCCACAAGGGCGAGAGCGUCAACUGCCAUCUGUGGGGCAAAGAGGAGGGGGCGAUGAAGGGGAGAACGACGGUAUUGUCUGGGGAAGGCUGACGGCGACGCGCAACGGAGCGACACACACGCCGUGGUUACCGGCGGGAAGGGCGCCAGAGGCCGGACGUGGUGGCGGGCGGAAAACCAACACCCCGGUGAGAGGAGGGACCACAGCACGCGGGCGUCGUGGCGGAACACGAGGGGCGGGAAGCGCAAAAGGAGUGAUUGUCGGCGGAAGGGAGGCACCGGUCAGAAUGGGCACGUGGCAGGAACGCCACGAUCGGCCAGAAAUGGAAGUAACUCCAGCGAAUCAGGAGGCCAGGGACUCUGACAACCCAGAUGACGGGGAGGAUUUUAUCCCCUCAGAGUAUCCUGCCUCGGAGGAUGUAUCGCUAGGGGAGGAAGGAGACACAGCAGGAGGGCCUCGGAGGAGAGGUGACACGGAGACUGGGACACUUGCACCAGCCGAGACAAAAGGUGGUGGGAGUGCUAGAGAGGGCGUGAGAGAAUCAAACGCCGUGUCACUAGCUGAGGUGCAUGGGCGAUAUUGCAAUUCCUGCCGAGGCUGA